UGCCGCUGUAAACAGUCUGUUUAGUACAUUUACAAUCUUGAUUAUUUUCUCCGUCUUGUCACCGGUUUACACUGGUUGAACAAUUACAUUUACAACAUGGCGCCUUUUAGCCUGAUAUCUGUCAGCGCCAGUCUUUUCAUCAAAUCCUUUGGUUUGUUUUCAAAUGCAUCUGCUGCAAGGUGCUCAUGUGCAGUUCCAGUCAUAAAAAAUUUCAGCACGACAGCCGGAGGUCCUCCCAAGAGGCCUCUCACUGCCUACAUACGAUAUGUGAAAGAGCAACAGCCCAUUAUCUCUCGGCAAAAUCCAGAUAUCAAAAUAGUGGAGGUCAUGCGGAAGAUAGCACAGCAGUGGAGAGUGAUGACUCCUGAUCAGAAACGUCCUUUUGAGGAGGCUUCAUUGGCAGACAGGGAGCAAUACAAACGUGCUAUGGAGAGAUUUCAAGCACAGCUGAGCCCUGCACAGUCUGCAGCCCUUGCAGAAGAGAAACGUCAGAAAAUGGCCAAAAGGAGAGCAAUAAGGAAGAAAAGGGAGCUUAAUAGUCUUGGGAAACCCAAACGCCCUAGGAAUGCCUUCAACAUCUUUAUGUCAGAACAUUUUGAGGAAGCAAAAGGGAGCACAAUGCAGGCCAAAAUGAAAUCACUGAUGGAGGACUGGAAAGGCCUGUAUGUCUCACAGAAACAAAUCUACAUUCAGUUAGCGGAGGAUGACAAAGUGCGCUACAAAAAUGAGAUGAAAUCGUGGGAAGAGCACAUGAGAGAAAUAGGAAGGGAAGAUGUCAUUCGAAGGAAAGAGAAGAAACCCAGAAAAACUGUAACAGCAGCGAAGGGAGCUAGAAAAAAAUCCAAAGUGGUGAAGAUAAAAACAUCUGCCCAAAAAACGGCAGCUAAAAAGAAGGCAACUGCGUCAAGUGCAAAAAAGACUGUGACAAGAACCAAGAAAGCUUGAGUGUGAGAAGAUGUGUGUUAUAAAGGCAAAGUCCGUCCUCAAUAAAACUGCUCUGUUGUAGGGGGGAAAGACUGUGUUCCAUUAUUAGCACUGUAUAUGCAUUGUGACAAAAAAAAACGUGAAGCAUUUCAAACUGUGAUAAAAAAAAAAAAACACUGACCAUUCAUGAGAGCUUAACUCAACAACUGUUUGUUAUAAACCUUUUACUAAAUUAUUCAUUUAAUUUUACACCUGAUUUGAUGCUGUGUUACAAGUAGUUUGAUGGGAUCUUUUAGAGUUUAUGUUACAAACAGAUGGAUAUGUUGAGUCAAUAAUGAAGAAAUCACAUGUGGCUUUUGUAAAAGGCCAAGUACCAGAAUCAUGAUUUGUAAGUUAAAAGCCACCAUAACAGUAUAGUGAG